AUGUCAGGCAAGGAGCACCCUUGGAGGGAGAUCUACGUCAACAAACAGUUAUGCCAUGAACUCCUCUGGCUCGCUAAUCACCUCAAAAGUGCGCCACCAAUCUUCAUGCUCAACUCCAUUGACUGGCCCCUCAACACUGCAGAUUAUAUCCUGUUCACCAAUUCCUGCCUCUAUGGCAUGGCUUUCUGGUCCCCAGCACACAACAUUGGUUUCCAAUGUGCAAUUGACACCUCAGAGCACCCUAUCUUUUAUUGGGAAGCCUACACUGUUGUGUCAGCUUUCUCUUGGAUUGUCUAUUUCUGCUGUCUGGCCCCCAGGGCUGGUGGGGCUACCCAUUAUGCCAUUACUGGCGUCCCCUCCCACAUCAUCCAUGCUAUGGGCUGCUGGAAAUCUGACACCUUCGAGAUCUACAUUUGCCAACACCCUGCCCUCCUCACAGUGCUCCUCUUCUCCUCAACCACCCAAGACAACUCACCGGUUUGA